AAGUAUCCACAUGUUUUUAUUUGUUAAAAGUGAAUAGGUGAAAUGUCAACACAUAACAUGACUAUGAAUGAGUAUUAAAUAUUGGCUUGAGGCAGUAAAGGAUUUGCAGGAGCUGUCACAGGUGUAUGGAGGAGACGGGCGUGUACUGGCAGGAUUUGACGCUCAAAAACACUCUUCUCAAACCCGACGACUCGAUUUCCUCAAAUGUUCUCCUGUAGCGUCACUGCAGCUAUGCUUGGAGCAUAUUCCUGACUUUGAGAAGUUUUCGUGGUCCCGUUCAGGAUGUCCUUAACAUCGAGUAAGAGAGAUGGACGUGUAAAAGACAAGAAGUGCGCGAAAAGAGCCCAAGAGGAGAAGCAGGCAGUCCAACAGAGAACUUUUACCAAGUGGAUAAACAUGCAUUUGAAGAGAUGUGACCCACCUUUACAGGUUAAUAACUUAUUCACUGAUGUGCAAGAUGGAAAGGUUCUCAUGGCUCUUCUAGAGGAACUGUCAGGCUGUAAUAUGCUUGAUAGAUUCAGGCCAUUCCCGCAUCACAUCUUCAGACUAAACAAUAUUGCGAAGGUCUUGAAUUUCCUCGAGGACAGAAAUGUGAGUCUUAUAAAUAUUGACGCUAAUGAUAUUGCUGAUGGCAAUCCUUCAGUUGUUCUCAGGCUAAUCUGGAACAUCAUUGUAUACUAUCAGAUUAAACAGGUUACAGGACACCUAGAGAAAUUCCCUUCCACCUUCAGUCUGCUGUCAUUACCUUGUGGCAGUGAUUCUUCAGGUCGUAGUUCCCCAGUAUCACCUGGAGAUGACAUAUUCGGCACUCCACCCUCAAAAGGCAAAAGGUCCUUGCAAAAUCUCAAGUACCGCGGUACAGCCAUAAAGACUCUGCUUAGCUGGGUGCAAAACUGCACAGCAAAAUAUGGGGUAGAAAUUCAUGAUUUCGGUAACAGCUGGAGGAGCGGAAUGGCUUUUUUGGCACUGGUUAAAUUCUUCUGUCCUGAAUUUGUGGACAUGAGGAAAGCUUUGUCCUCUGAGCCCCGCCUAAACAUGGAGACAGCCUUCACAGCAGCAUAUGAGUGGCUGGGGAUUCCUCCACUGCUGGAUCCGGAUGAUGUUGCAGUGUAUUCACCAGAUGAGCAGUCCGUCAUCACCUAUGUAGCCCAGUUUCUUGAAUGUUGGCCAGGCCAUGGUGAGGACAGUGCGUCAACAGAUUCCUCUAGAGGCACACCAAACUCCAUUGAAAGAUGGGACAGACCUUGGAUUGAUUCGGUUAGCUGUGUGUCACAAUCUAAUGUCUCCGCUGAAGCUUUGAGACGGCUUCAAAACCCUUCUGAGACCUGCCAAGAAGAACAAGAUCAAGUGCUCGGCUCAGAGUCGCUUCCUAUCUGUCCUUCAGACAACCCUGUGGGUUUAGCUAUACCUCAACAUUUCCUCACCAUGAAGAGUUCCAGCUGGUCAACUGGACAAUCCUUCUCAGACUCCACUGGAGGGCAGUGUUGUGACUCUGUAGCAUGGAAAAAAGGCUUGAUGGUAAAUCUGGAGGAUGAUGGGAACAGUUCUGAGGUUUCAAAGGCCGUUUAUGCGAUGUCAAUGCUGGAUUCAGACGAGGAGGAUGCAUACAGCUACAUCUUAGAGCUGGACAAUAAAGAAGCUGGAAUGGUGUCAAAUGUCAACUUUGAAUUCAUUACAGUUAUGGAUGCUCAGGGAACAGAGUUUGAUAUAAAUGUUGUCAGUACACUUGAAUCUCAAGGAAGUGAAAGAAACGCAUUGUGUAAUUUGUGUGAUGCACAGAGUCAAUUAAAACCCACGAAUGCACUGAUGUCAUGUGAUAGCAAAGGUACAGAUGAAAGCACACUGAGACAGGUCAAGGACAUCAAUGUGUCCCAAAGGGACCGUGACUCUCUGUCGAUGAAUCAAACUGGUAUAGACAACACAUACAAGACUGCCAGAUCAUCUGCUGAUGAACGUUUGGACUUGGACUGUUCAUUCAAAAUGAAGGAGAGUAUUUACUCGGAUGUAUUUACUCUGACUUGCAGUGAUGGUGUUGAUCAUGUGCAAGUGGACAAUGAUCUUAAUAAGGAGAAAAUUAGAGAGGACCUUUUUCUUUGCGAAUUGCAUGAUAGUCUAUCAGAAAAUGACCAAUAUGAGCAAAACCGUUUUUUAGAUCAAAGUGUUUUGGAUAGAAUAACCGAAGAACCUGCAGUUUCACAUUUGAGGAACGGGGGUCGUGACCGAACUAGUUAUGAGAUGGAAGAGCUACAUGUGCUUCUGUUCCUCUGGGUGAUCGCCUACUGCUGUCUUAUAUAUCCUCACCUGGACUUCUUCAGUCGAUUAAGUAAAAACUAGCAAUGCUAGAGCAAUAUACUAAUAAGGACAGUUGAACAAAGUGCAAUACUGUGCGUCCACACACGCAAACUCAGUUUAUCUCCUUCUCACUGUUUGUAAGU